AUGGUGCCAGGAAUGGCGCCCAAGCCGGCGGCGCCGAUGCCCGCGCAGCCGAAGAAGCCUCAGCACAUGCUGGUGCUCGGCACCGGCUUCGUCGGCCGCUACGUCUCGGAGCGCCUCCUGUCACAGGGAUGGCGUGUGUCCGGGACGUGCACCAGUGCCGCCAAGAAGAUGGAGCUCGAGUUGCUGGGCAUGACUGUUUCCGUCUUCGAUGCCACAACAAGCAACCUUGCAAAUCUUCAUGCUUUGCAAGAUGCAACCCAUUUGCUCAUCUCCAUUCCUCCCAUCCCUGGGGUUGGUGAUCCUUUGCUUUCUUCACAUGCUGACCUGCAAACAACACUGACUAGUGGUAAUCUUCAAUGGUUAUGCUACCUAUCUUCAACAAGUGUGUAUGGUGAUUGUGGUGGUGCAUGGGUUGAUGAGGAUCAUGUAGUGAAUCCAAAGAGCGAGUCUUCCAAGUUAAGAUAUGCCGCUGAACAAGGAUGGUUGGAUCUUGUCGACGAGCUGGAUCUAUCAGCUUUUAUACUUCGUUUGGGUGGGAUAUAUGGGCCUGGAAGAAGUGCUUUGGACACCAUAGCUAAGAGAAAAUCUUCUUCGCGAAGACAGAAGUUGAGGGAGUCCAAACAGUACACUGCACGUAUCCAUGUGGCUGACAUCUAUCAGGCUAUCCUGGCUAGCAUGAGCAUCAAAUCUACAAGGAAGAUAUACAAUGUGGUGGAUGAUGACCCUGCCCCGAGAUCCGAGGUCUUUGCAUUUGCUCAGAGCUUGAUAGAGAAAAGAUACCCUGAUCUCGCAGCGGAUUCUGCAGGAUCAAACAGCCAGGACAGGAUUAUAGCUGCUGAAAAACGGGUAUCUAAUUGUCGGUUGAAACAGGAACUGGGCGUUAGGCUUGCCCACCCAUCUUACAGAUCAGGGCUGCAGAGUAUUCUUGAUUCCUGGUUCGCCGAGGGAAAUCAGUGA